AUGGAGACCGAGCGGCGGCCGGCGGCGGGAGCCGGAGAAGGGGCGACCCCUGGACUGGAGGCGGCGCCUCCCGCGGCUCCGGCGCCUGCGACCGUGGCCUCAGGUCAGAUCCCCGGGUUCGAGGCUAAAAGAAGACAGCUCGGGACGCUGCUCCAGCCGACGGUCAACAAGUUCUCCCUUCGGGUGUUCGGCAGCCACAAAGCAGUGGAAAUCGAGCAGGAGCGGGUGAAGUCAGCGGGGGCCUGGAUCAUCCACCCUUACAGCGACUUCCGGUUUUACUGGGAUCUGAUCAUGCUGCUGCUGAUGGUGGGGAACCUCAUUGUACUGCCUGUGGGCAUCACCUUCUUCAAGGAGGAGAACUCUCCGCCCUGGAUCGUCUUCAACGUCCUCUCUGACACUUUCUUCCUGCUGGAUCUGGUGCUCAACUUCCGCACGGGCAUUGUGGUGGAGGAGGGCGCUGAGAUCCUGCUGGCGCCUCGUGCCAUCCGCAUGCGCUACCUGCGCACCUGGUUCCUGGUUGACCUCAUCUCCUCUAUCCCGGUGGACUACAUCUUUCUGGUGGUGGAGCUGGAGCCAAGGCUGGACGCUGAGGUUUACAAAACUGCACGGGCCCUGCGCAUUGUUCGCUUCACCAAGAUCCUCAGUCUGCUGCGGCUGCUCCGCCUCUCCCGCCUCAUCCGCUACAUACACCAGUGGGAGGAGAUUUUUCACAUGACCUAUGACCUGGCCAGCGCUGUGGUUCGCAUCUUCAACCUCAUUGGGAUGAUGCUGCUUCUAUGUCACUGGGAUGGCUGUCUGCAGUUCCUGGUCCCCAUGCUGCAGGACUUCCCUCCCGACUGCUGGGUCUCCAUCAAUCACAUGGUGAACCACUCGUGGGGCCGCCAGUACUCUCACGCCCUGUUCAAGGCCAUGAGCCACAUGCUGUGCAUUGGCUAUGGGCAGCAGGCACCUGUGGGCAUGCCCGACGUCUGGCUCACCAUGCUCAGCAUGAUCGUGGGUGCCACCUGCUACGCCAUGUUCAUCGGCCAUGCCACCGCCCUCAUCCAGUCCCUGGACUCUUCCCGGCGUCAGUAUCAGGAGAAGUAUAAGCAGGUGGAGCAGUACAUGUCCUUCCACAAGCUACCAGCUGACACACGACAGCGCAUCCAUGAGUACUAUGAGCACCGCUACCAAGGCAAGAUGUUCGAUGAGGAAAGCAUCUUAGGCGAGCUGAGCGAGCCGCUUCGGGAGGAGAUCAUUAACUUCACCUGCCGAGGCCUGGUGGCCCACAUGCCGCUGUUCGCCCAUGCUGACCCCAGCUUCGUCACUGCGGUGCUCACCAAGCUGCGCUUUGAGGUCUUCCAACCGGGUGACCUCGUGGUGCGUGAGGGCUCCGUGGGCAGGAAGAUGUACUUCAUCCAGCACGGGCUGCUCAGUGUGCUGGCACGUGGCGCCCGGGACACCCGCCUCACUGAUGGAUCCUACUUUGGGGAGAUUUGCCUGCUGACUCGGGGCCGGCGCACAGCCAGUGUGCGUGCUGACACCUACUGCCGCCUCUACUCACUCAGCGUGGACCAUUUCAAUGCCGUGCUUGAGGAGUUCCCCAUGAUGCGCCGGGCCUUCGAGACUGUGGCCAUGGAUCGGCUGCGCCGCAUUGGCAAGAAGAAUUCCAUACUGCAGCGGAAGCGUUCUGAGCCAAGUCCAGGCAGCAGUGGUGGCAUCAUGGAACAGCACUUGGUGCAACACGACAGGGACAUGGCUCGGGGUGUUCAGGGCCUGGCCCCAGGCACGGGAGCUCGGCUCAGUGGAAAGCCAGUGCUGUGGGAACCAUUGGUGCAUGCGCCCCUGCAGGCAGCUGCUGUGACCUCCAACGUGGCUAUUGCCCUGACUCACCAGCGGGGCCCUCUGCCCCUCUCCCCUGACUCUCCAGCCACCCUCCUUGCUCGCUCUGCUCGAUGCUCAGUGGGUUCCCCAGCCUCCCCACUGGUGCCUGUCCGAGCAGGCCUUCUGCUGGCCCGGGGGCCAUGGGCAUCCACUUCCCGCCUGCCUGCCCCACCUGCCCGAACCCUCCACGCCAGCCUAUCCCGGGCAGGGCGCUCCCAGGUCUCCCUGCUGGGGCCCCCCCCAGGAGGAGGUGGACGGCGGCUAGGACCUCAGGGCCGCCUACUCUCAGCCUCCCAACCCUCGCUGCCUCAGCGGGCAACAGGCGAUGGCUCUCCUGGGCGUAAAGGCUCAGGAAGUGAGCGCCUGCCCCCCUCAGGGCUCCUGGCCAAGUCUCCAGGGACAGCCCAGCUCCCCAGGCCACCAGUGCCUGAGCCAGCCACCUCCAGGGGCCCCCAGCUCUCUGCCAACAUGUGA